CGGAUCCAGGCGUGCGCCUAGGCGUGAUAGAGCGGAGAAAAGCGGCGAGGAGGCGGCGCAAGGCAGAGCAAGGCGGACCGGAGAUGGAGCGGGAGAGGUUGCAAGCAUGGACGGGAAGGAGCGAGAAGAUCGCUAGAAAAUGGAGAAGAUUGCGGGAAGUUUGCUGGCUGAAGGAAAGGAGAGAUUAGGGUAGGCUUUGCAUAUAUAUACACACAAAAGGGGUGGCGGCGGCUCGAUCUAUUCCGUCGUCGCUUCGUCCUCCGGCUGCCGAGACGAAGAGAUUCACCUCAUCCUCUCACCACGCAGCCAUGGCUUCUUCAUCCCCGCCAUCCCGCGCAGCCAUCUGAGGUCCCGCCUUCUUCCGUACUGUAGUUGUUCUCGACAGCUCAUACUACGAGGAGGUUAAAGACGGCUGGUCAUAUCUAGCACCUGAAGAAGCAACGGAAGUAUCGGCUAGUCUGAAGGAUGUCCGACACAAAUGCAACAUCGGCAUCGCAGGAAGAGAAUGUCCUUAAGAGAAAGUCAGAUGAUGUGGGAUGGGAGUACGGGAGUCUAGCUGAUGCUUCCAACAAGGAUAAAGUGAAGUAUAUGUUCUGUAACCAUGUGAGCACGGGAGGUGUUUAUCGUCACAAGCAGCAUGUGGCUCAUAUUGGUAAUGCUGUGGUCAAAUGCAAGAAAAGCUCUCAGGAAGCUAAAGACAGGUGCAAGAAAUCUCUUGAGGAUGCAUCUAAUAAGAGGAGGGAAAAGACUGCCCGUGAGCAAGAGCUCAAACAAAGUGUGAACAUUUCUCGCGUUGGAGAUGAAGAAGUUGCUCAUAUCGGAAGAACGGAGCCACACAAAUUAGGUCCUAUUGACAAGUGGGCACGGCCUAUUGAUCCUAAAUUGACUCAAGCCGAAGCCUUGCAUCAACAGAAGAUAAACAAGGAAUUUUGGAAAAAGAGAACACAUGAAGUGCAACAGUAUGUGGCUAGAUGGGUGUACAAUCAUGCUAUACCAUUCAAUGCUUGUGACAACGAUGAUUUCAAGUUAAUGUGUGAAGCCAUUGGGAGGUUUGGUCCUGGAUUUGAGCCGCCAUCUAAACAUGACCUUCGAGAGACUUUGCUGAGUGAGGAACAUGCAAGAGUGAAGAGUUUGCUGCAAGAACGUGAUGCUGAAAAGAUGAAGAAUGGCUGCUCCAUUAUGACUGAUGCUUGGUCAGAUAGGAAGAGGAGAAGCAUAAUGAACUUGUGCACAAACAGUGCUGAUGGUUCUAGUUUUAUAAGGUCGAGUGAGAUGUCGGCUGUGUCGCACACAAGUGAAGUCAUCUUCCAAUUAGUGGAUGAAGCAAUUGAAGAAGUAGGUCCUGAAAAUGUGGUCCAAGUAGUGACUGAUAAUGCUUCUAAUAACAUGGGGGCAAAGAAGAUGUUGUUGGAGAAGCGGCCGAACAUGUUUUGGAGCUCUUGUGCGACGCACACCAUUAACUUGAUGUUGCAAGGAAUUGGCGAUCUGCCAAGGUUUAGUAAGGUACUUGAAAAAAGCAAAAGCAUUCACUAUCUUUGUCUAUGGGCACACACGGACCUUGGACUGCAUGAGACACUUCUCUUCAGGGAAAGAGAUCAUAAGGCCAGGGGUCACUAGGUUUGCUUCUGGUUAUCUAACUUUGGAAAGCCUUCUAGAAAAAAAGGAUCAACUGAGGAAGAUGGUGGUUGAUGGUAGAUGGGACAAACUAAGAGAAGUUAAAUCAAAAAAGGGAAAGGUAGCAAUAGCUACGAUGAUGAGCAUGGCUUUUUGGAAAGAUUUGAAGCUUUGCCUGAAUGUCUUUGAGCCUUUGGUAAAAGUCCUUCUUUGGUUGAUGGGGAUGUCAAGCCAUCUAUGGGUUUUGUCUAUGGAGAAAUAGUGAAGGCAAAGAAAGAGAUCAAGGAAGUCUAUGGCAAUGUGGAGUCACGUUACAAAGAUGUGAUUAAUAUUGUUGAGAAAAAGAUGAAAGAUCGACUUGACUCUCCGUUGCACUUGGCUGCAUACUUACUGAAUCCAUAUUAUAGCUAUGCUGAUACUAAUAUUUUUGAUGAUGGGACAAUAACCGAAGGGUUCAUUAGCUGUGUGGAGACCUUUUAUUAUGGUGAUGAUGACAAGCAAGAUCAAGCUGUCAAUUUUGAAUUAAAGAGAUUCCAGAAUAGAGAAGGAUCAUUUGCAAAGAAGCUUGCGAGGAGUUGUCAGAAUUUUGAUUAUAAUGCAGGUAUGCAGUGUAAUUUUGUAAAGUCUAAUUUAUUAAGUAUAUAUUCAGAAUUUAUGCAAUACAUUGUUCACUUGAUUCUCUGCUUUCAUUCAUAGCAUCUUGAUUCUCUGCUUUCAUUCAAGCGAUGAGAGUCAAUGAAUUGCUCGAGCCACGUAGAAGUGCGAGACUAAGACAACUUUAUGAAGAAGAAGAAUUCGAUUCUGAAGAAGAGGAGUUUGAUGAUGAUGAGGAGAUGCAUUCAGAUGAGGAGAAUGACUAUUGAUAAUUGAGGAGGCCCAAAUGCAGGGUGUCUUUUCUUAAGUACUUUUUUUAUCACAUAUCUUUAUGUCAUUGAGUCAAACUGUUCGUGUGUGCGUCCAUGUGGAAUUUCCCUUUUUGAUUGUGAGAGAAGUCUUCCCAAUAAGAUUCUAGGAAUUAAAGAACUUCAUUUUGAUGUGUGAACUGUUGAGCUCAUAAUUUAUAAUGCUAUGCUAAUUGGGUCU